AUGAGCACUGUAGACUCCUACGGGCCUGCAUCUCAAACUUUGACUUUUUUAGACACUGAAGAAGCUGAUUUCGGUGCGGACACACAAGGAAGCGAGUACGAAUUUCACGACUUUACAGUACCUUCGCAAACCCAAACCCAAUCUCAAGCUUCACAACCUGAACCGAGCCAACCUUUGGUCAAUGGCAACGUCGCAGACAAAAAAGAAGAUCUAGCUAACGGCCCGACAACAGGAAACGAAGAAGCUAAGGUGGAUGGUACCGUUUCUAAGGUUAGCAACUCUUUGGGGGAGCUUAACUUUGAAGAAGAUGAGGACGAGACUUUUUACUCGAAGGAUCUUCCAGCCUUCGCUUGCAGGUGCGUUCAACGUUAAAAUUAAAUAUUCAGUUAACUGCUUAACGGUUCCAUAAUUAUGUUUUCCCAGACAUCUUAAAUUGUUUUCUGUUUUUCGUCAAAGUGAAAUCUGGGAAAAUGGGUUUCCAUAAUGUAAGAAAGGCUUACAAGUGUUCACCUAGACCGACACUGCAUGUCCGGCAUGGAGCGAGAUUCAGCUGUUUCUUGACCCGCUUAAAAAAAAAAAAUCAUGUCGUUUCUUUAACUUGAAAAUGUUGCAAAUUAUUAAUUCAACUCGCUUUGUUCUCUUUUAGUCUAAAAUUUCUUUUCUAUUUUAAUAAGUUGAGCUGAACUCUUUAAUAACACUAUCUUACACAACCCAAAGGUCGUAAUUGACGAAUUGAAAAUAAUAUGCAGCACCUAAAUACAGACUUCAAUUUUUUUUCUCGGUUAAAAAAAAAAGAAGAAACCCAGUUAUAUGACUACAUUUUGUGAUCCAAAUUAGGUUGCAGUUUAAAUGGGGCAUUUUUAAAUUUUUUUUGGAGAAAAUUUUUAUGGCUGUAGUCAUGUUAAGAAACUCAAUAAUUCCCUAUUAAUCCUUUAACUCCCAAAAGUGAUAAAUAUGUAACUUCUCCAAAUAAUUUAUACAUAUUAUCUAGAAAACAGGUAGUAGCAAGAUUAGUAGCCUGGAGGCUAACACAUAGCUGUUCCUGACCAGAUAUAUUUCAAUAUAUUUAUUUUUAAGCCUCUUACAAUUGUGUGUUUGUUAAUCAAUGAUGUUUUAAAUUGUGAACUACACUGAGGGGUGCAUUUCAAUUGAAAAUUGUAAAACCAAAACCAAAAUAAUUGCAUUGGCCAAUCAAAGCAAAGGAAACAUCCUAUCAAGAAAACAUCAAGAUUGGUUAAGAAAUUGGUGUGAGUUAUCUGGGGUAAUCAAAGCAAUUUGGUUUUAUCAUCAAUACUAAAUUGAAAACUGCUCUAUUACCAUUAUCAGGGUUAUCAUGAUCCAGAUCAUUAUAAUUAAUUUAUUUAUAGAUUUGCACUUCCGAACGAACCAACUUACAUGUAAUUAUAAUAUUGAUCAAUUAUACCUGCAGGUAUUGUGGAGUUCAUGACCCAGCAUCUGUUGUGCAGUGCAUUCAGUGCAAGAAGUGGUUCUGUAAUGGGCGAGGAAACACUGCAGGCAGGUUUGUGGAACAAAUUUCAACUCGGUUAUGGUUUCAUGAAGGAUAUUUCCACUUAGUGCAUGUCUACCAUGCACUCAUUUGGAACAGUGGUAGAGACUAAGAAUAGAUUGCAUCUGACUGGCUAAGUAGCCCAUACUGUGAGAACUUAUCUUGGCUUUUGAAGCAUGAAUAAAUCAAGGAAAGGUGUUCAUCCCCUCAGAUGGGAUUAAUGCUAGUUCAAUGCUGCUUAUCCCCACUUCCCUCCCCCUCCCCUCGUCAUUUUGUUGGGAUACCCUAACAGUUAUGGAUGCUAUCUGUUUAGAAAAACCUGGGCAUUGUGAGAGUUGCAUUCCUUGCCAAAGAACAGGCAGCAAUGCUUUAACAAUAGGUUGAACUUGAAUAUGGAGUCAGGAAGUUAUCUUCAAUUGGUAUGUGUUUCUUUGCAGUCAUAUUGUAAACCACCUUGUAAGAGCCAAGCACAAAGAGGUGACACUUCACAAAGAUGGCCCUUUGGGGGAGACAAUCUUGGAAUGCUACAACUGUGGCUGCCGCAAUGUCUUCUUGUUGGGAUUUAUUCCUGCCAAGGCUGAUUCAGUUGUGGUGUUACUGUGCAGGUUAGUUGGUCUGUAAAGCUUCUUUUAUAUAUGUGUAUCUAGGAAGAAUUGUUCCUUGAAUUCAUCAAAGAGUAAUUCCUGGAAAUUUGAUUUACAAGGGAACAUGUUGACAGAAUAAAGGUGGUUCUGCUAUCAAAGUUUUAUAAUUUCAUGCAAAAAAAUUAUUCUUUCCAUUAUGAUUUGAGUUUAGUAAAUUUUAAGUUCAAAAUCAUUACAACAAGGUUCCUUUUGCUUACUUUUGCCACUUGUGCAUCUUUCUUCAGACAACCCUGUGCUACACAGAGUAACUCCAAGGACAUGAACUGGUAUGUAUAAUAUUCUCAUUAAAAAAAAAAAUUGAACAGGAACUUGAACAUGGCCUUCCUACUAUUCAGUACCUGCUUUGAUAUUCUUACUUUUUGUUGGUGCUUUAAUGCACUCUACUAGUGACAUAAUUGUGAUUUAAAAUAAACUUGUUGGGCAAAUUAAAGGUCUGUUUUAAUGUGGAAACUAUUUAGUGUGAACUGUUAUGUUUUUUUGUUUAUCUGGUAAUAUAGACACUUGCUUUGUUCAAACUUAGGGACCAGGCACAGUGGCAGCCUCUGAUUAAUGAUAGGUGCUUCUUGUCCUGGCUUGUUAAAGUUCCACCUGAUGAGGAUCAGCUGCGAGCCAGACAGGUAGACAUUCAUAUUUGAUUAUUAAUGAUGGAGCACUGGGAAAAUUUAGUUGUUGUGAAAAUAAUUUUGUGCUGCUCAUCCACCAGAAGAAGAAUGUUUCAGUUUCCAUCCCUUAUUUUCCUUGAGAUUUCUCAAAACUAAAAAUACAUUUGAAUUAUCAAAAAUGAAGAGAUUUACUAGUUCAAUUUACUCUGUACCUAUUUUUUGGCUACUAAGGUGUGGUAGUUCAGGGAAAUGCAUCCUUGUCUCUGAAGAAUUUCAUAAUGUCACAGGGAAGGGUAUAUGUGUCUCUGGAGUACCUGAGGAAAGGGAAUAAGGCUCUGUGAUCAAGCUUUGCAUUCAGCAUGCCCAGUUGCCAAAAGUUAGUGACACCCUUGAUUUAAAUGCAAUUUUAUUCAAUUUAACAGAGUUAACAACAAAGAGCAUCAGCGUUUUUUUGCAUAUGUGCUUGUGUCAGAAUUCCAUGUGCUAUUCAUUUGAGGCAUUUUUGCAUUUGCUUUGAUCAUGAACUGGCAGCAUUGUGAGGAGUGUUAGCUCAUCAUCUAGGCAGGUUUCCCCACCCCUUCCCACCCUUUUCCACUGUUUAUUCACUGUUACAGGUGCCUGUUUCCCUUUCCUGUGUUGGGGCUCAUGGCUGGGUUGCUAGGAUUCGCAAGCCAUGGGAGAAGUCUCCAUCUAGGAGCUGGCUGCCAAUAGUGGAAGCUCCUGGAUGUUUCAGGCACUCAAUCUCCCCUUAGUGAUGCAGUUGUCAAACACUCUUUAAACCACAUAGGUUGUCCACCAGUUAAUGAAUGUGGCACUCAUUCAACAUUUUUACAUCCCACAGAUCUCUGCACAACAGAUUAACAAGCUCGAAGAACUGUGGAAGGUUUGUGCUGUACAUUUUUCGAGUAAUGUUUGAAUUUUUUUCCCAAUGCAAAUGUAUCAUUACCACCUUGUGGAUGAAUGUAGUUGAUUGUUGGGUUUUUUAUUGUAGUAAUUGGGCUCUGUCUCUGGCUUAAUUGUGUGAUGGUUGUUUUUCAUAGGAUAAUCCUGAAGCUAAGCUAGAAGAUUUGGAUAAACCAGGAGUUGAUGAUGAACCACAACAAGUUCUUCUCAGGUCUGUGGCUGCAGUUAUUAAAUUGAUGUAAAACAUGAAAAAUUAUAAUUCCUUUUAUCUGUACCUCUUAUCCUUCAAUCCAUCUUUCCCCUUUAUUGACAAAGGUGUUCACCCUUCCCAUGUCAUAUUUUGUUCAGGUAUGAGGAUGCCUACCAAUAUCAAAACAUCUUUGGCCCACUGGUUAAACUGGAAGCAGAUUAUGACAAGAAGCUGAAAGAGUCUCAGGUAGAGUUAGCUUAACAGCAGACUUACCAAUUCUAAAAAAUUAAUUGAUACUUUGACUUCAAAUUCUUCCAUCUAUCAGUACUUUACAGUGACAUUUCCCUACUAUUGCCUGAUUACAUGUAAAUCUCCAUUUCCACAGACUCAAGAUAACAUUGUUGUUCGUUGGGACAUUGGUCUCAACAAGAAAAGGAUUGCAUACUUCUCCUUUCCCAAGACAAAUGAUGACAUGAGAUUGAUGCCUGGUGAUGAGCUCCGCCUGCGAUAUGUCGGGGAAUUACACAAACCUUGGCAGGGUGUUGGUCAUGUGAUCAAAGUGCCGAACAGUAUCCUUGCUUUUGAAAAGCUGUAUUUGUAAUGAAGGACCUGUUUCUUAAACAUAUGUUUUGCCAGCAGAUACUUUUGUGAUUUCCUUGACUGUGUUCGCCAGACUUUGGUGAGGAAGUGGGGAUUGAGUUGCGCAGCAAUCUGGGUGCCCCAGUUGAAUGUACUCAUAACUUUGUUGUGGACUUUGUGUGGAAAUCAACCUCAUUUGACAGGUGAAAAUUUCAAGGCAUCUUUAACCCUGAGAACCUGUUGCUGUUGUAGUUCAAACUUUGAUUUGGUUCUAAAUGUUUCAAACCAGUUUUAAUUUUGCUCUCUUUUCUGAGACCAUGGCUUUCAUCUGACUAAAGUGGUUUUAAAAAAGUUUUUAACAAGGUCAAAUAACCAUUCUUUUGUGAGAUUUCUGAAGCAUCAGCCACUUUUCUGAGAGAAAGCAUUAAAAAUACUUCUCUUGAUGUGAAAUACUUAUUAUUUUUAUUGAGUGGCUGACUACAUAAAAUUCUCUGGAAAACACUAGACAACUUGUAAACUUACCUGACAGGCUCAAAAGUUGUGACUUAUCAUGGGGAGGAUGUCCAUGUGUGGCUUCACUUUUGUCAUUAUCUCAUGUUAUUGUGUUUACUUUAUGAUCAGAAUGCAAACAGGAAUGAAGACCUUUGCUGUGGAUGAAACAUCAGUCAGUGGCUACAUCUAUCACAAGCUGCUGGGUCAUGAGGUGGAAGAACAGGUUGUCAAAUGCCAGCUGCCUAAGAGGUUGGUACUCAAGAAUGUUGUGUACCUGAUUGAGAUGGUAUUGGUUCUGACAGGUCUUGGUCAUUUGCUGAGGAAUUAUCUGAAAUGCUCUUACAGAUCUCAUAGGGCUUAUUACUUUCUAGGAGUUCUUGAUGAGGGAGUUAUUGGGGAAGGUUAAGGUGGGGGGGACUUGUUAGAGACUGGUAGGAGCUUUCCUAUGGAGCCAUGAAAUUCUUUAUUGGAAAUUUACAAUAUUUGAAAUAGAAACUAAUAAAAGCUUUGAAAUUCUAAUAUUCUUUAUGCUGAAACACAAAAUUAUAUGAGCUCUGAUGAAAAUCAGUGCUAGAGGAUUUGUUUAGAGAAAGGAGACAGGAGAAAGGAGAGGGUUUUUAGAGUAUUCACUGUACUGUCAUGAUUGUAUCCCUAAGAGUUUGUCAUAUUGCAAGUGAUCUGCUAUUGCUUUACAUACUGAAGGUGACAAUCACUCUUUGUAGGUUUUCAGCCCAAGGUCUGCCAGAGCUGAACCAUUCACAAGUGUAUGCUGUCAAGACUGUCUUACAAAGACCACUUAGUCUUAUCCAGGUUAGUGAAGUGUCAGGUUGCUUUCUGUCUUAUAAACAACUUUUACAUGUAGAUUGUGAUGAUUCCAAAUUUAUAUUUUUCAUUUUUUCACAUAGGGACCCCCGGGUACCGGAAAAACAGUCACAUCAGCUAGUGUUGUUUAUCACCUAGCCAAGCAAAACAAUGGGUAAGUACAAUAAGAAAACAUUUCUCUGACUAAUGACUGUAGAUAUAUGAAAAUCAUAAAUGUGCACAACAGUAGAAUAAACAAAUAUAGGUGAUCCUCGCGGCUAUGAAUGGUUGUCCUCCUUGAAGUAAAAGCUUUAUUUUAACACUUCAUUUUUUUUGGUUUUUAGUCAAGUUCUUGUCUGUGCUCCAAGUAACAUUGCAGUGGACCAGUUGACAGAGAAAAUCCACAAGACAGGACUCAAGGUACAAUGUGCUCAUUACAGGCAAUGACUUUGUAAAAUCACAGUACGUCGUAUAUAGGGAAUAACUGUCCACAGAGUUAGAAAAAGCCAUUGAAAUUAUGCAGGUUGAUUAAUAUUAUCAAGCUUGGUUUUUCUGAAGCCAUUGUAUCACAUGUGAAUUUCCUCCAUCAAGAUCACAGCUUUAGCGCAAAAUGUAGAAUUCUUCAUGCAUGGGUUAUUAGGUUAUAAAGAAUGACAGGGAUGUUUUUGUUCACUGUUUCUGCUUGAAAACUAAUAAUAAACCUCUCCAGUUCCUAGUUGUUGGAGAGACUGAUAACAGACAGUGAUUUGUCCUUAGGUUGUGAGACUGUGUGCCAAGAGUAGAGAGGCUAUUGACUCUCCUGUGGCAUUCCUUGCACUGCACAAUCAAGUGCGUAACAUGGACAGUGUUCCUGAACUCCAAAAGCUGCAGCAGCUCAAAGAUGAGCAGGGUGAGCUGUCUGCCGCUGAUGAGAAGAGGUACCGAUCUCUGAAGAGAAAUUGUGAACGUGAGCUUCUCCAGGUAAAGUCUAUUUACAACUCAACACCAUGCAUUACUCAGUUGUUACAGGAACUAUACAUUUUCAAACAGUGGCAACCUAUCACUUAUUUGAUAAUCAACUAAAAGUUGAUGAAGUACAUGAACAAGAUUUGUAAAGCUGGUGUUUUCAGCAUUAACCCUUCCUAGGGGAGUGAAGCUGAAAUGAUUAUUCACUCUGAUAUACAAGUACAUAUCAAUUUUGGAAGCCUUCAAUAGUAUAUAUACAUGAAAAUGUAUUUCCUUGUUAGACCCACAAUAUUAAGUUCUAGCUCUUAUUGAAGUGGGUAUCUUAAAUUCUAUUUCACAUAGUUGGGGAAUCAAACAUGAAACUAUAGCCAGAAUGAGUAGUUGAAAGUAACUCCACAUGAACAGCUAUAGUUUGGGGUGACAGACAUCUCUUUAAGCUGAGUUGUUAAAUAAAGUUGGCAAUUUUAAGACAUUCCUUGCUAUUUGUACCCUUCUGUAAAUCGCUCAAUGUUAAAAAUUAUCUUGAAAUCAACAUGGCUCUUAGCUGUCCUUUGGUGUAAGAGUUGAUACUAUGUCAUCAAUUUUAUGUUGUGGAGCUCAGAUCUCCUUGCUUUUCACUCAAGGGAGCUUUUCCUUCUUCCCCAGCAUGCAGAUGUGAUUUGUACCACUUGUGUUGGUGCUGGUGACCCUCGUCUGUCCAAGUUCAGAUUCCGCACUGUGCUGAUUGAUGAGUCAACCCAAGCCACUGAACCAGAGUGUAUGGUGCCUGUUGUACUUGGCUGCAAACAGGUUUGUCACAGGUUUAGAUCAUGCUAAUUAUGGUUGGAUCAUAAACGGGUUUUUUUUUUUUAUGAAUAAACCUCUUUCAAAUGCCAGUUUCUGUAAAGUUUCUGUUUGAACACUGCUGCUUUAAACAAAACUCCAGUUGUUUUGUGGGUCCUGUGAAUGGACAUGAAAUGUUUUGGACAGUUUUGUUAACAAUCAUGGGUUUUUUUGUUGUAUUCAGCUCAUCCUUGUUGGUGAUCAUUGUCAGCUUGGUCCUGUUGUGAUGUGCAAGAAAGCAGCUAAGUAAGUGUCUGAAAAUCUCUUUUAACUUAUUUCUUUUAUUGACAUUCACAUGUUCAAAAGGGCUUAUUGUCCACCUGGUUGCCAUAGAACUUUAAAUAUUUUUUUCUCUUUUUGCAUUUCUUUUAUUGACACAAAACAAAAAUGGAAUGUGAAGUUUUUCCAUUGCAACUUUUCAGGAAAGGAAAAACAAUCAUUCUUUUCAGGCAGGAAAACAACUCUGAAACAUUUCCUGCAAUUCUGAUGGUUCUUGUUAUAAGUUAUAAACAGAUCAGUGCAACAACUGGUUCUAUUUGUAACACUAGCUAUAAGCAGGGUGGUGUUUAAUCUGACUGGUUUUUUUUUUCUUUUUUCAUCCUGUGUAGUGCUGGUCUGUCUCAGUCUUUGUUUGAACGUCUGGUGGUUCUUGGGAUCCGUCCUAUUCGUCUCCAAGUCCAGUAUCGUAUGCACCCUUCCCUGAGCGAGUUCCCAUCCAAUCUGUUUUAUGACGGAACUCUUCAGAAUGGAGUCACUGUUGGUAAGUUCAACUAACUUCAUAUUUUCCAAACUGUUCCUUAUGCAUUUCCUGUUAUGUCAAAGUGUGAAAAUGUAAGGAAAAAUAAGAGGAUAGUCAUUCUUAGGGGUGAAGGGUUGACACGGCCUCAAGACCUUUGGGCAAAUGGUUGAAGUGGGGAAGAAUCGUUAAAUGUGAGCAUGAGUUUUAGGCAGUGUUGGUCAAUUGAAAUGAUUGAGCUACGUGGCUGAUAUUUUUGAAGACAGUUACGCAGUAAUAUACUUAUCUUGCAUCGUGUUAAUUCAGUAAGUUGGCAUUCCUGCUAAGUCUGCAAAUCCCAACUAUCUUGAAAUGCUGUACCUCGUGUAAAGCUUCCUCUCGUACCAUUUCUCUCGCAGCUGAACGCCAGCAGACCGGAAUUGACUUCCCUUGGCCUGUUCCCGAUAAGCCAAUGUUCUUUUAUGCGACCAUGGGUCAGGAGGAAAUCGCUUCCUCGGGAACAUCUUACCUCAACAGGUAGGUUCUUUAUAAAAGGGGUAAGUUUCUAAAGAAACUGUGAUGUUGCGUCGGUGGGAGAGUAUAGCAGGUAAUUUAGUGUUAACAACUGAGUUGAGGGGAAAACGUAAAUUGGCCACCGUAAAGGGUAAAAAAAGGUAGGUUUUUUGUUGUAACGUUUUACUGUAACGCACUCGCAUCAAAACAAAUUGCGUUGUGAUAAUCCUGCAAGUAAGAAUGAUGUAGAAGAGUCAUUGGAUGCAAUAGUGACAUACCGUUGCGAGUCAGGUUUUCUACAACUUGAACUUCACUUAUUUGGAGAAUUUUCAAACAGCGUACGGGAAACCUUGAGGGAAAGAGCAAAGAUAGCCGAAUGAAACUAAUAUUACUGAAAACGCCGAUAAUGUAUCCGGAAGGAUGCUUUGUUCAUCAUUUUAUUCCCUUACUGGACAGCUUAUUACACACAAAAGAGAGGAAACACGAGCGCUAUUUUACUUUCGAUCAAAAUUGGAGUGCUACUUGUUCACGUAUGUGUUUCUUGCACAGGACUGAAGCUGCAAACGUGGAGAAGAUUGCCACUCGAUUUCUCCGUGCUGGCGUGAAACCAGAGCAGAUUGGAGUGAUAACUCCGUAUGAGGGUCAGAGAGCUUACAUUGUACAGUACAUGCAGUUUAGUGGCUCUCUUCAUGCCAAUCUUUAUCUGGUAAGUUGUGCUUUAAGAGUUAAGAGUGUCAAUCCACGCUACUGAAUUUCGCACUUUUUAUUACGAUGGAUUGGGAGAGUUUUUGGACCUUAAGGUAGUACAUGAACAUCCUAUUCUAUGACGUUUGGGUUUUGCUUUUUGUUUAGUUUCUUUUUUUAUAUAUAUAUUUUUCCCGUAACCUACAUCUUAUUGGAGCGGAAAAAUCGAGGUAAUUAGGAGGAAACAUCCCAUAGUAAAUAAAUAGGACUAUUCGAGUCUGUUUGGUAAUAUUUACACUCUUGAGACUACAACAUCAGGAUUUCAUGAAUGAGAGACCAGUGAUAAGUGUUAACACACAUUUUCUGACUAUAGGAAAUCGAGGUAGCCAGUGUCGACGCAUUCCAGGGCCGGGAGAAGGACUACAUUAUCCUGUCCUGUGUACGCUCCAACGAACAUCAGGUAUCACCCUCUUUUAUGUCUAGUUCAGAAUAACCGAGGCCGACAACUUUGAACAAAAAGCAAAGCACGUUUGAGAUUUAUAAGUAAGAUGACUUAUCUCAAGUUUUACUUCUUGAACAAAGUGAAAAUUUGUAGUUUGCCUUAAAUAUACAAGACAGUAACCGGUGGGCUUUUCAGUGUAUGAUAUCCUAAAGAGGAUCACUUCUGAAGAGGUGGCCAUUGAAAGUUGAAGGUAGUCUACCUAACUUAUGUCUCUUGUUGUUGAUCUGCAGGGAAUUGGUUUCUUGAAUGAUCCGAGACGUCUGAACGUGGCUUUGACCCGAGCAAAGUAUGUAUUAUAUUUAUUAGUUUAAGGAACAAAACAUGUGAGAGGUUUCUAAAUUGUUCAGUGUUUAACGUUAUCCGUUCUUCCAUUUUAGAUAUGGAAUCAUUGUCAUUGGCAACCCCAAGAUCCUAUCCAGGGUAAGUCGCUGCUACAGAUAGUUAAAUUUGCUAAUCGACUCUUUGAACUUGAAUGUGAUUUUACACUCCGACGUAGUUUAAUCUUCUCUUUCAUUUUGAUACGUAAAUUAUAGUAAAGCUUGCAAGUUACUGCAACUGACUGCAUUGGUGUUUUUCUCUUCAGCAACCUUUGUGGAACCAUCUGUUGAAUUACUACAAAGAAAAUAAGGCUUUGAUGGAAGGUGAGCUGAAAACUUUGAUUCCGCUUCAUUUUCAUUGAAUGCAGCCAGUCAUUCGUCGUGCGGUGAGAGGCGGUGAGAGGCAGGAUAUCCGUGAGUUAACCCCAAAAACCUCAAAAGUGCUCAGAAUGUAACUUUUCAUCGCGUUUUCGCUUCACAAUCUCGCAAACAGGUCGUGGGAACAAAAACAAAUCACCAGCUGGAGGGUGAGGGGUUUUUUAAGUUGAAUAAUGUCGGACCAAAUUCUUUUAACAAUUUUACAAGGAAAUUUAUAGCAACCCGAAGGGAUAACUUUUGAUCACUUUGCGAGAAUUAAACAUUGACGUAUGAAUGGCCUAUUUUGCAUUGCAGGACCCCUGAACAAUUUAAAGGAAAGCAUGAUUCAGUUUAGCAAGCCAAGGAAACUUGUUAACCGUACAAAUCCGGUAAGAUACCUGUUCAUUCUCUUGCUCAACAUCCUUUUUCAUUUAAUUCCUGCAAACUUUGUUGACUGAAUAGUUCCCAGUCGUGCCUGAAAUCUGGUGAAACAACAUGGCGUCCACUUGCCAUUUCUCAUGUGCCAUGUACUUUCAAAAUUAUUGACAGCUCAGCCUAGCCCACGUACUCACCUUCCUGUUUUUCUCCUCAGGGCGGCCGUUUCAUGAGCAGCACCAUGUUCGACGCUCGUGAAGCGCUGAUCCGCGGUAGUGUGUAUGACCGUCAGAUACCUCAGGCACCCAUGGAUCCUGCAGCCUUCCAUGACACUUACUUCCACACUCAUGACCGACUCAGUUACAUCGGAGCCGAGCGAACCAUUCCACCCGCUGCUGCUGCAAGGAUCCCGGUACCCGUGGGGAUGUUUAUCCCCCCGGUGCCUCCCCCACACCACUCCUACUUUGGGCAGGUGAGUGCACUUGGUCAAUCUGUUCUUAAGGAAAGUCCUGCGACGUAUCAGCGUUACGUUUUACAGCUUGGGGGGGAUUUGAGGUCUUGUCGCAAACAUGUUUAAAGGUUUGACCUUGUAAGUUAGAUAUUAAUUAUGAGUAUUUCUUUAGCUGUAGCCCGUAAUUUUUGCACCAACAUACAAUUUUUCACUAAUGUCUUGUAAAUAUCAGGUCUGAUGGCCACAUGCUUUGGACGUGAAAGUCGUGCCCCAAGUUUAAACUGACAACUUUUCUUUAUGUUUUAGCCUCUUGCCGGUCGAAUGCCACAUGGCCGACCAGUUCAGCAGCCUCGGCAGCGAAAUCAGCGCAACCAUCAUCACCAGCAACCAAUGGCGUAUGCUCCUCACAUGCCAGCCAGCCAGGCCAGUCAGGUAUGAGCUGACGAACUUUAAAUGGGGAUUAUUCCCUUAGGAUAACUUGAUUCUCAAUCUACGCCAAAGGAACGUGAUAUUUAGUUUGAUUCAAGUCAGUCUGAAAUCGUUGUAUCGAGAAAACCAGACUUUUAUUGCCUUGCAAUGGGAGAAAAUUUUAAAAUAAUUUGCUUGUGUGGAAAUACAACUGCAAAGGAUCGAGGACAGUGAGGGAUGGAGAGGAGGAAAACGGAAUGCAACUGAUGAACCAGAAAAAUAUAGGCCCCAGAAGCGAUGGAGACUUUCACUCUCUUUACAAUUUCUAAACACUCUUUGACAGAACGUCAGGGAGGAAUUUGAAAACGAAAUCUAAAGUAAAGAAUAUGACCUCUAUAUUUCACAAAUUUUCCAGUGUUAGAGGAAGGAAAUGUUUUGUCACGCAUUUUGAGAAUUCGCGCCAAGCUCUUCAGAAUUUAAGGGUUGAGUGGAUUUCUUAUUGUAAUGUUUUUCUCCCCAUUGCAAUAGGAUGCUUCCCAGCCUCUGUCCCAGGGCCCACUCACUCAGGGUGGCAUGUCCAUGAGUCAGCCCAUGGCCUCACAGCCAUUGUCGCAGCCGGACCUAUCUCAGGAUAGUUACCUUGGAGACGACUUCAACCUGAAAUCCCAGGCAGAUGCUGUGUUGUCACAGGAUUCUACCUACCAAGGGGAGAGGGGAGGCUACAUGAACUCCUUACCAGACUACUCCCAACCAAACUAUGCCUCUCAGUACUGAAGUACUAGCCUACCGGCUGUGAAGGGGGCACGUCGUCACCUGGCAGCCGUCGUCAAGGCAACCAGAAGGUAACACCUUGCUUAGGCCACACCCUUGAUUGUCCCCACACUGAGGGUGUGGUGCUGACUAAAACCUUGAAGAAAAAAGAGAGGAGAGAGUGGAACGAGAAGAGAGGAGAAAAAUUUCACCCGCAUUUACAAACGACGGGUCUCAACGGUUUUGACGCCGCGAACAGAAAAAAAUGAAGUUUUUUUUUUGGAACUUUGACUUGGUGGUUUUUAGACGGUUCUUGACCUGACGAGCAAAGCUUCGCUAGUUUUAUAGAAGAAAAAAGACAUUGGUUGGGUGCCGUGAAACGACAAGAAAGAACCAGCGUUAUAAUUAACCUCGACGUGAUUGCGGACAGUUGGUCGUAACACAGCAGACAGCCUAGAUCUUUCACUUUUCUUGAGCUCCCUGUCACACAGUAGACCCCACAGCUAGCUCGCUUACUAUUGACGCUUCUUUCAUCACUGAUAUUCACAAAAGCAAGACGAACUUGCUUCCAAAUAAUUAAAUGCAAGAUCUUGGUAAUGAUUAACAGAUUCUCCUAUGAAUUUUUUGUUAUGGAUUUUUAUCGGAAAUCUCUUUCCCCAAUUUGAAACUAAACAUUCCAAGCAAGACAUCUGUAACAAAGGUUGUGGACGAAAUGUUUGAGUUCUACAACGUGAUGUCCACUUUAUCUUUGAAGUGAGACGUUUCGUAAACUUGAACCUCGGUUACGAGAAAAAUCAGUUUAAUGUUGCUUGGUUGAUAAGCCUAAUCUUAUUUAAACUUACUGCAAAGACCUUUCCUUUAAUGACUAUUUGCUUUAGUUCUAGUGACUAAACUGUGGUUACGUUAGAACUUCCAACCUCUUUUAGCAUCUAAAAUAAGCGCAAGACAUUCCUUAAAGCUGCCGCUGGUUUUAGAGGACAGAACUGAGGACAAAGCAGACGUGUUUUGGAUAGAAUGUUGCCCAUAAAUUUGUCUCUGUCUCCAAAAGGGAACAAGUUUUUAAGAAGUCAGGAAACGAUGGGCGUGCGUCCCGUGAAGUUUUUUUUUUGAAGCAGGGUGUACGGAAGUGCAUCUUUUUUCGUAUUUGUUGUUAUUUUGUUGUAAGCUUUUGAAUAAUGUUAGAGUUAUUGGUGUGUUCAUUGAUCCUAUAAUCCACUUCCUAGUUCAAUCAGUUCGUGGUUGAUGUUCUCUUAGGGCUAAGUGUGUGAUACAUUAUUACUUUUAUUUUUAGUACUGUUAUUACAAACCUUUUUGGCAGAUGCGUUUGAUGUGAGUUCAAAGUUGUAGUGCAUUCUCUUGUGAGUGAUUGAAGGAGAUUUUAGUAAUUUAGUCAGGUCGUGAAGUUAGCUUUGGUGUUUUCGCACUCAUGAUAAUAGGAACAUUCUUUGUUUCAAAAUAUACUUGGUGUGUUUAUUUUUUUGUGUGAAAUUCCAGACGUGGUUUAGUGGGUAUUCUCUGACGUGGGUUGGCGUUAGAUUCGACCAGCAUUGGACGCUCCCUCAACCCCUAAGACAUUCUAACGAUUCGCGUUCCAAUACUUUGUAAAUACAGAUUCGUUAGGGAGAAUUACACUCAGUUCUAAAAAGAUGAGAGAAUACCACCAAAAGUAUAAGGGCUUUUGUAUUGAUCGAAACUCUAAAAGUGGCUGAUUUUUUAGAAAUUGGAAUUCGGUCGAGGCUUUCCCAAUAAUCAAACCUGUCGUUGCGAUGCUCCGGAUCUCCCGUACCCAGACCUUUCACUCACGGCC